GAGCUGGGGGAAAUAAUCAGUUCAGAACAGUCUCUCCAUCGAACCAGAUCUCGAGCAGCUCUAGCUCCUCAAAUAUUUAUUAUUAAAAAAAUAUUCAAGAAAAAUGGAAGAACUCUCCAAUGAGGAGCAAGAAUUAAUCCGGGAUGCCUUCCGGAUAAUGGACAGGGAGAACGAAGGCGCCAUCACCUCCAAGGAGCUGGCGGUAGUUAUCCGUGCUCUGGGCCGUCAGCCGACCGACAACGAGGUCCAGAGCAUCAUCAACGAGGUGGACUCUGACGGCAAUGGCUCCAUUGAAGGACCCGAGUUCUGUAAUGUGAUUUUGCGAAAAUUGCGAGACACUAAUGUCGAGGAGGAGCUGCGGGAGGCCUUCAGGGUAUUCGACAAAGAGAACCAGGGCUACCUGUCGACCACCGAGCUGAAGAAUGUCUAUACGGCCCUGGGGGUCAAGAUCGGUGACGAUGAGCUUGAGGAGAUGAUCCGAGAGCACGACGUCGAUCAGGACAAUCACCUCAACUACGAGGAGUUCGUCAACAUGAUGACGUUGCGAUAGUUAAGAUAGUUACUUGUUUAUUUAUUUUUUUUAGUUUUUUUAAGUUCGUUUUUUUCUAUGGCACACUAACCGAAAGUUGAAAUCACAAUUUUUUAUAAAAAAUGAGAAAAAAAUCAAAAAAUUGGACGCUGUGAACGAUAAGGGCUAACACUGACACACGUACACACUCUUUCUUUCUUUCUUUCUUACACUCUAAACUUAAACUUAAAAUUUACACUGAAAAAAAAGAAUAAGAUGAAUUUACUGAUAAUCUACUGGAAUGUCGAGUCGAGGAAGAUUACGCGGCGCUUCAGUCUAUCGAUCUAGCGAGGUACGGACGGAUCAAUGUCAUUCAACUGGAAGGAGUUCUCCAUGUCCCGACCGUAGCGGAGUGCAAGGACAUGGCUUUUGAUGCUGCCGGGAAGAGAGACCGGGGCUGAGACCGGAGCAUCCAACCACACACACACACUGCAAGGACUUUCUAAAUGUAAUGAUUCGAGCCUUCUGGCCGGAAAACUAACAAGGACGGACAUUCACAACCAUCGCACCCGAUGCGAUGGCCUAUUUAAUGAUGAUGAUGAUGAUGAUGACCUAUAUAUUGGAGGUAGCCUGGGCCAAGAGAUCCCAGGGAUAAUGGAGACCAAGUGGAAUAGUCGAAAUAAUCAAUUCUAAGAUGAAAGAAGCAACUCAGAGCUGAGAUGGGAACUCAAAAUUCAAGCGUUGUAAUUAUAAUUUUUCCAAGGAUGAGAAGUUCUAAAUUUCAAGUCAUGCAAGGACGAAAUACACACUCCUGACAACCCA